GGAAUUAAAUCAUAGGCCUAAGCGAAACAAAAUUCUCCACUUAAAAAUAAAAAAAGAAAUGUAGAAUAAUAAAUUUUGCUGGCGAAGCGGCGACGUCCCGCGAAGAAGGAUAUUCUAAAGGCGUGCGUUCGAUUUCUAUUUUUUUAAAGAGGAGCGAGAGCUUUAAAGACGGAGCGAAGUACGACGAGACGGAAUCCAAAAUAGGAUGCAUUUUGGACGGAGGCAGUCGAUAUUCGUGCAUUUCGGUUCGGUUAACCAACACAUUAAGUUUGUGAGUUGGCUGCGGGAGGCGUGCACUGGCGAACACAGACGGACUCCUGUCUACCGUUAAGUGCGCCCUAUCACGGCAUCCGCCAAGCUUUCCUCCCCCUCCUCUCUCUCCGCUGCCCGACGAAAGGUUGGGGGGAAUCAAUAAGAACAUGCGGCAUGUUCAUGUUAACCCGAUUUGAGAAAGUUUACCAUAGGAAAAAAGAAGGAAAGGGAAAUUAUUUAGAACAAAAUUUUGGCCAAGGACCGACAUGACGGCGGCGAAGGUAUCGACUAUCUGCUUUGCUGAACGGAAUGCAAAGGUGAUGGUCGGAUAAAGCCGCCGCUUCUGCCGUCUUUCUUAUCGGCUGGAUGCUGUCGGCUCGGUUUUUGAAGUUUUACUAAAGUUUCUCUAGCUAUUUUCGAUGUUUGGAAAUUAUAUAAACGUCAUUUUCGGGGUUUUUCAUUUAUUCCGUCUUUUUAUACAUAUAUAUUCCACGCGCUCUAACAAUUUUCACAAUUUUUAAAACGGGGAAAGAAGAAGUAGAAGAAGAAAUCGUAUAUUGCCGGUUAUCCAAAUUCUUUCGAAGAAUUUGCGAUUGUUUGGAUGCUUUUUUGGCGUUGUGAUCUCUCUUUUUUAACAUUCUUUUUGUAGCGCGGAGUCUUUCUAAAAUUCCCCACGCAUUUCGUUUUUGAACGCUUUCUGGGCCGUUCUUUCGGGCUUCCGCAGUAUAAUAUGGUCAAACACUUUAAAAUAUUGUUUUUAAGAUUUUAUAGAUAUUUUGGACCAUUUUAAACUUUCUAAUUUUCCCCCGGGAUGAAUGUAUUUUAUGAUGUCACAUCCGUUGGAACGUUUCCUAGUUUCCGGAAGAGGAAAACGAAUUGCGUAUUUUUAAUACAUUUCGAAUACGGAAAGAUGUAAAAUUUGAGGGCAAUUUUAAAUUUUUAAUUAUGAUUUAAAAGUCAAAAUUUGAAAAUUUAAAUAAGCGCCCAAUCAGGAGGAGAAUGUAUUUAUUAAACGCCGUGCGAUUGGCAUAAUUUAAAUUUGCUCCGUACCUUAAGAGCCAUUAUAAGCCGAAAUAAAAACUCGGAGUAAUUAUCGUUACCCGAAAUUAUUCGUUGGACGAUUUUUAAAUUCGUAGAAAUUUUAAUUUUAGAAUUUUCCGAUAAAAAUUCGAGAGCGGAACAAUUUAAACUUCACCGAAUAUCUCGGCAUUUUAAAUGAGGAUUACAUAGAAAAUGCCGAGUUUCAUUAAACCGUUCCGUCUAGGGAAAUGCAUCAUUAUUGAGUAGACUCUUUCGGCUCUUUUAGCCCUGGAGCAAUGAAAAAAGAGAAGCAGUAAAAACAGAAAUGCGGCAUUUUGGAAUAAUUUUGACUUCUACGCGGUUUUAUUUUUCUUUCGCAUGCGUCAGUCUGCGAAGAUUAAGGUAUUGAGGAUUGGACUGUAGUUGGCGUGUGUUAAUCCCCUCCCCUCUUCCCCAUAUAAGGAGAAGCGGUGAAAAUUUCACAGCGGGUCGAAGCUAAUCACUCGGAGACCGACCAAAGCACACGUGAUUACCUUUCUAAUGGCGCCGUCUGCUGCAACUCUCCGACCGUCGUUACAUAGGCUCGGCACAACGUACCCAAUACGGUUCAACGGACGACUGCGGCGUUUCUGAGCCGAAACUCUGCUACGACUUAUGAAAUUUGCCUGCAAAGAAACCGCCAUAAAUCUACAACGCCUAACGAUUUAACUAUUACCGAGUGGAAAAUAUUUUUCUAAAACGUGUCUUUUAAAGAAAAAUUUGUUUGUCAGCUUGCUACUCCGAUUUCCACAGACAGAGUCUCGAAUUUCUAGCAUUUAUCCUCGUAUUACGCUCCGUACCGGGUUUCUGAAUCAUUUGUAAAGACCGUCGGUCCGACGGAAACGUUUUUUGUCUGGACGAAUCCCGUGACCCAAGGAGGGUGUCGUUGUAAUACGGUGUACGAACUCAGAACAUUUCCUGCACGCGCCUGGUUGCGUCACCGCGUACCUGUUACGUCUUUGGUGUCUGCGAAGCGUGUCGUGCCCGCGCGCUUUAUAAUGUUACCCGUACCGAAGAAUCGGUGAACGUAACCGUAUUCGCGUUGGAAUAUCUGCAGGAAACAGGAGCUGAGUUGUCUGGCUCUACGGUUUCCGGUGCAAAUAUUUCAUGGAAGGAAGUCGGGUGACUUAACAAACGGGAGCGGAAAUGGAGAGAGAGAAAAGGCGAGACGGCCGGUAAUAAACUGGACUAUGGGGGUGGUUGCACGGGCCGGGUUAUUGACGCGAAUCACUGACCAUUACCAAAUACAGCUUUACAUACAUGGUGGCAUUUUUUAGAACUCUAAACUAAGCCCAGAAGGCACGUACUUCGACCCCGAGCUACUUCCUUUGUCUCUGACUCCCUUGAGCCUAUAGCAUGUGACGCGGGAAGCCUGUCUGGAGAUAACCGCUCUACGGUCGGCUGCUCCCGACCGACAAGUCUCUUCCCUUCUCCCCUCCUGGGGGGUAAAGGGGAGUGCCGCCGAGGUGUGGGCCGUGAAGGAUGACGGGACCUCACGUCACACCAGCCGGCCCGCGGUUUGCACAAACACACCCAGAGCCGAGUAUGACGCGAGCGGAGAAGCGUCCACGCUUUCAUCCUAUGGAUAAUCCAGGGGGCGUUGACCUGUCAGCCAUGUACUAUACCAGUCUGUUCUCUACCCUUCGACCAUACGAAACAGCGGUAGUGACACCUGGUUGCCGCAGCGAGCGGGGCGAAAACCCUUUGGACUUGUCCAACAAGAACGUUCGUCAAACACCGGAUCCAACUACUGGAAGCGACACGGAAGCCGAAAUCUUGAUGUUGGAACACCGGAAACUUGCCGCAGGGUUAGUCUCUCAGGCCCUUCCAGGCAUGACACGACAUCUACCACCUUCGAGUGUGUCAUCGUUUUUUGAUCCGUCGCUCUUUAGACUGCCCGCUUUCCGUACGGAUGCCAGCGGAUUAUGUGGACACUCUACACCCACUUUGGUACCGCAGAUAGGUACGACACCUAACCCUUUUUGUUUAGAUCGGACUCCAGUCUCGACGGUGGCAUCGCCGACGUACGGCAACCAUGCCCUAAUGAAUAGCUUUCUUCAGCAGCAACAAAGAGAACGAUGCUUAGAUCAAACUUCUGUUUGCAGUGCACCACGCAACCCGUCCCAACCCAUCUCUUUCUUCGAUCCCGUGUCGUUGCCCCUCCAUCUAAGGGCAAACGGACAGCGGGAACGAGCAUUGUUCACGCCGACACUUGCCGCACCCUUGGGACUGCCUGCCUACCCCCUCUACCCAGAUCUGUUGUCUGAAGUGGGUAGGCCGGAGAAAGGAGCUUUUACAUCACUUCGUACGCCGAACGCUGCCGAUAAGCCUCUAUAUUUGAAUGGAAGUCUAGAGGCCGCGCGAUUUGCCGAACAUUUACAAAGGUUGAGAGAACAGCACGUUCAACAGGCAAAGUGUCCCACUAAUUGUUGUGCAACUGUUCCCUGUGGAUGUUGUGUUCAGGGUCCUUCUCAGUCAGCACUGUGCACUGCCCGAGGCGGAGUGAAUUGUCUCACCAAGGAUCCGACUGGCGGAAAAUUGUGCGCCGGUACUUGUGACCUUCUGACUCCAGGGCUCUCAUUACUCGGCGCACGGCCGAACCCUGCUGAUCUCCGUUUCGCUGCCGUCAAUCCCUAUUGCCCUACCUUAGGGGAGGGCCUCCAGAGAGACGAUUCUGUUCCAGGAUUGUUUCAGCCUUCUCCCUUAUGGGGCGCAAUCCCGACAGUGCCAUUCCCCAAAAGUUUGGUUCCUCUCGCAACAACAACACCGUUCACCGUACCCAAGAAGAAAGAUGUUGCGCAAAUUAAAGAAAGCGCGAAAAAGGAAUCUUCACAGAAGCAGGAGAAAGAGCCGGAAAAAGAGAAAGAACGAACUACUCCUUGUGAAAAGAGGGACGAUCGCAAAAAUCACCCGGCCUCCUCUAAUCACAGGCACGACCACGAUGUUAUAAUCAUUGAAGAAAACUCAUCGAGGACUACACCGGUGAUCAAGGAUGGCAGUAAAGGAAACCGCCACAAGUCUCAUCACGCGGAUGAAGCCCCCGCCAGCAAAAUGCCCAGACUGGAAGCGGUGGUUUCCGAGAGCUCAGUCAGCGUCUCUCUACCGAAAUCAACAACCCCGCUGAGUCCGCCUCCCUUAAUUGCCGUAUCGUCAUCAGCCUCCGUCACCUCACAUGUACCAACCCCUACCGCACUUAUCACCCAGCCGCAAUUUCAUCCCUCAUCCAACGACAUCGUUCACAACGUCUACACAGCACAACAUUUGGUGAACGAAAUGGGUUUCUCUACCUCCAACAACCCCACUAAACUGAUGGAGCACGUUCCGUGCAUCGUUCCCACUCCUCACUACUUUGCCGAUAAAAUAAGUUCGGAACGCAAAGACAUUCCUUUCGAACCUAAAAUCAGACCAUUCGACAUCGCUCAGGUGGUGCAACAAUCUCAUCGAAAUGAAGAUUCGCAAAAGGACGUCAAUCGAACUGUCUUACAGAACUUAUUAACGGAACAGAAGAAGCAAGCAGAAUUCAGACUUCCUUUUUCUAACGAGUUACCGCAAAACUUGAAGAAUUCCGAUAACGCGUGCGUCAAUGUUAAAGAAGCGAAUCAGGACAACGGCCAAGUUUUGCAGAGGACACUUCAGGAUGACCAAGCUGAAUAUCUUCACAGAAAUGCGUCUGUUGUGGUUAAAAUCGCCAAGUCUCUCCGUAACAAGUCCCGAAGGAUUUUAGGUCUGAAAGAUUACAGGAGAACGAGUUUGUAUAAAUUGUUGUCUAGGAAGUAUAAACAGUUUUUGUAUGAUGAAAUCGUUCGCGGCGACAAAAAGUUAAGUAAAGGACGUCUACGGAAGCGUCUGUUGACGAGGAUAUACCGUCCAUCCGAAGGCGAUUCGCAAGAAGGUAAAAGUGAGAUCGAAGAGAGGUCAAUGCCUCAUGCCGAGUCUGUUUGGAAGGAGAAGAGGCUAUUAGGCAUGUAUAACUGUCAAGUAAUUAAGCGCCGAAGAUUGAAGUCAGGGCUGGAUAUGAUGAUAAAGCGCAAGAGGAGGCCUCGACCCUCCAUUAGAAUGCCUCCUAUUCCCUCAUGGGAGAAUGAAAAUUCGUCCAAGGUACUUUCGGACACAACCAGCGGAGUACCACCCGAAAUGAAAAGGUUAAUAGUAAACAAAGCCUUGGGAGAGACCAUAUUGCACAGAGCAGCUCGUCUUGGUUAUACCGAUGUUGUUGCCUACUGCCUUGACACUAAUUAUUGCGAUGUAAAUAGUCGAGACAACGCCGGUUACACCCCUCUUCACGAGUGUUGCACCCGAGGUAAUCUGGAGAUUGCACGGGCUCUACUGCAAUACGGAGCUGACGUUAAUGCCAGCGCUGCAGGAGGCAUUAGGCCAUUACACGAUGCCAUCGAGAGCGGGAAUGUGGAAUUGGUCAGAUUGGUGCUUUCUUACGGUGCGGAUCCGACCAUCGCUACUUAUUCAGGAUUAACGCCUCUAAAAUUAGCGAGGAGUCCUAUCAUGGCCGAAUUCCUUCAAGGGUUCCUGGCUGAUGUCACCGGUGAGAAUAAUGGCCGUCCUCUGUUACCAUGGAGAUUUCCCGGUUCUGCAUCCUGUUUAGAUUCAGCCGAUAUAGGAUACGACAUCUUCGACGGCGUACCGACAGAUGCUGAGGGCGAUGCCGACGGGGACAUCGACUUCCUGUUCGAGGUGAGCGAAGCGCCUCAUCUUCCGGCUUACCGGCUACAGUUGCCUGCCACCGCGAACAAGCCCGCCUGUAACUGGUUGAGGCUGAGUGACGUCCUAAACAGGAUAGGAAUGGAGAGAGAAGAGUUCGUGAAUCAUCACGCUCAUAUCGACAUUAUAUCCGUUCCCAGGCAUCAUUUCGAACUUAAUGCUGUGUGCAGCCAACUUCUGACCAGUAGAAGACAUCCCGUCACCACAGAAUUGGAAGAAAACGUGGAAGUGGUCAAGCUGGAUAACAACAUCCGAGAAAUCCUGGGUAUUGAGACUAUUAUCCUUCGAUAGCACCACGUGGAGGACCAAGAGUGGUUUAGUGCCCAAAAUUGAUCGACCAAAGCCCAUUUCUAUUGGUGUGUAUACAUAAAAAAAAAAAGAAAAAACGCAAAAAAAUAACAUUUGAACGUUCCUAUGUGCUUGUAGAUAAUCAUUGCCUUGUGUUUAAAUGUUUAUCAUGUUUUUUCUGUGUUCGCUCGGAAUCGGGAUACCAAAAAAGUGAAUUAAAAAAAAGAGAGAGAAAUAGAGAAAA